CAAAAUUCUUAUUUAUUAGGUAUGAAUUUGGAUGUAAAUAGCAUUGCUUCACGAGAUAUUUCAUCAUCUUGGGCUGCUGCUUUACCACAGUUCUUGAUGCGCAGAAAUGCUAUUGCUGGUAUUGCCCCUUUUGUACCAAGACAUUAUUCUUCUGCUUCAGAUGUCAGUCGACACAUAUCUGUUGAUUCAUUCAAUCAACAAAAUCUAGAUUCUUUGAGCAUGCAGAUCAGUGAGCAAGAAUAUGUUACAGCAUUACGACAUCAAAAACGCAAAACUAGGAAAGAACGAGAGAGAUUUCUGAAAGCCAACCGCAUAGCCCCGUGGUUUCCAGGUAGUAGAAGAGGAAGUGAUACAUCACUCCAGAGCUCUCUUAUGGCAGCUUCAAUUGUUGCUGCAGCAGCUAAAAAUGCUGGCAUGGGAGCAAAAGUUACAAAAUCAACCAGCACAGGUGAUUUGGGUCCACAGCCAUCCAUAGCUAAUACUGCCUUUUUGCCUAAUACAUUUUUACCUCACCAUCCAAACAGAACUCUCAUUCAGAGACAAACUAUCAAUCCACCUUUUACUCAUGGUAUGACUGACAACUCGCAUCGCCUGGAUGGCAGAAAUGUAGCUUCUGCCCUGGGAAACUCUAACCCUGGACAAAGAUUUACUCCAAUUCCAUUAACUCAGAGUCUGCCAAAUCCAGUAGCUGGGUUGAUUCGUCCACCUGUUUUCAGUCAAAGUUAUGAUUUAAUGAAUGGUAUACCUUUUGGAUAUAUGGGAGGAAGUAUGUAUCCAUCUUUCAAUGGAAUCUAUCCUGGUUAUCCUGCUCCAUCAGAUUUUGGUUAUUCUCCAUAUCCAAUGCCUUUCUUGCCUUAUGGGCAGUAUCAAGGAACUGAUGCAGUGCUAAGCCAAUAUCAACAGAACUUGCUUCCUAUGCAUCCUCGACUUGACAGUGCCAGUGAAACAGAAUUUUUACCUAUAAUCAUGUCAGACAGUGAAUUCACAGAUGCAGGUCACCGUUCUUAUGAUGAAUAUAACCUGUUUCCUACACAGCAGGUACAUCAAGAUAGUGCACCAGUGCAAAACUUACCCACUCAGAAUGAAGUGUCUCAUGUUAAACCUGUUCUUGAACCACAGACAUGUGCCAAAACACAGUUUCUUAAAAGAAUGGGAUCUUUUAAUUCAAAGAAAAGUAUCGCUGUUGCUCAGACAUGCUGUCCUCCCUCUGGAAGGAGAUCACCACAUAAUGAAGUGCCACCACCAUCACCAGCUGGCUCCUCUAAAUGUUUAGAUGAAGAUGAGUUAGAUGAUGUUUUUGAAGGUCCUUUUGAUGGAAAGAAGGGACUUUCAUUAACUUCACUACCACAAGGAUCUGAUAAGGAGAAUAUUUUUCAAAAAUUGAAAUCUAAGUUUAGAAGAGCCACUUCUUUUACUCAAAACUCUAAGGAACCUGAAGCUUUAGAAUUAAAUGCAAAGCCAUGUCAUAGCUCUCUUGGACAUCUGUCUAAAGCAGAUAAUAUAAAAAAUUAUGGAAUACCUCAGAAAGAACUACCAAAAGAUAAAUCUUUAAAACUACCCGAAAGUGUUAGUUUGCUUAAUGGUAGUGAUGGUCAUGAAAAUGUAUCUAGGUGAUUCCUGUUUAAAGGACUAAAGAAUUAUUUGUUAUUUAUUUAAUGUAAAUUUCUGAGAUUUAAAGUUAAAUAAGAAUGAAUUAGCCUGAAAAAUAGUGCCAAUAUAUUUGCUCCUCAUAUAUUAAAGAAUCUCAUCUGUCAUGCAUGAAAAAAUGUGCAUUUUAAAAAGUUUGAUAUGUUUUUAAUCAAAACAAUUUAUUUAAAGAUAUUUUUGAGUAUCUAGUUUAUCAAUUGUGUUUAGUGUUUAUCAUUGUACAUAACAUUGGAUAUUUAUAAAUUUUUCAUACAAAUGCCA